UCAUCUCCUUUCUUUCUCUCGCUUCUUAAUAAUUAACAUUCACAAUCACUUUCAGUUCAUAAAUCUUCACCUUCUUCUUCUUCUUCUUCCUCCUCCUCCUCCUCCUCCGCUGCUUCUUCCGCUUCUUCUUUGUUUAUUGAUCAGGCGAACAUGUCUACUUUCUGAAUCGAAUCACUAUACACAUCAUCAGCUGAAGCAUAUGUGUUUCUUGAUAUAAACUUACGCACACAUAUAUAUAGGAUUAAAGUGAUUGGGCAAAUCAAACCCAGAAGAGAGUGGUGAUCUGUCUGAGGAAAGAAAGAAGAGAGAAAAGUGGGAUAUGCUUGGCGAAGGAUGAGCAGUUUGAAGAACAACUCUGAUCUGAUAGACGCCAAGCUGGAGGAGCAUCAGUUGUGUGGAUCCAAGCAGUGUCCUGCUUGCGGACACAAGUUUCAAUCCAAACCAGACUGGGUGGGUCUACCAGCAGGAGUUAAAUUCGAUCCCACGGACCAAGAACUCAUUGAACACCUCGAAGCCAAAGUUGAAUCCAAGCACAUGAAAUCUCACCCUCUCAUCGAUGAGUUCAUUCCCACCAUCGAAGGAGAAGAUGGAAUUUGCUAUACCCAUCCCGACAAACUCCCAGGAGUAACGAGGGAUGGGUUGAGCAGGCACUUUUUUCACAGGCCAUCGAAGGCAUAUACGACAGGGACGAGAAAGAGAAGGAAAAUCCAGAACGAGAGUGACUUACAAGGAGGAGAAACCAGAUGGCACAAGACCGGAAAAACCAGACCAGUUCUUGUGAAUGGCAAGCAAAAAGGUUGUAAGAAAAUCCUCGUACUGUACACCAACUUUGGCAAGAACAGAAAGCCUGAGAAGACCAAUUGGGUUAUGCAUCAGUACCAUUUGGGGCAACAUGAAGAAGAGAAAGAAGGCGAACUUGUCGUCUCCAAAAUAUUCUUUCAGACACAGCCCAGACAAUGCAACACCACCAACAACAAUAUUGUUAAUGCAAAUAUUAAUAAUAAUAAUAACUGGUCGGAGAGAAGCGCGACGACCGGCGAAGCGAGCGGAGAGCCGAACAGUAAUAGUAGAAGAGAAAGCACAAGUGGGAGUUGUUCUUCAAAAGAAAUAGUCACUACUCAUCACUCUCAUAGAGAUCAUGACGUCUCUACUGUUGCUGUUCCUCCAUUAACGUCCUUCACUGCUUUGGAUAUUCAUCAUCAACACCUCAAAUCUGACCAUUUCAGCUUCAUCCCAUUCAGAAAAAGCUUCGACGAGGUGGGAAUUGGAGAUGCUUCAAGAGGAAGAGAAGUGGUGCAAGCUUCAGGUUCAUCAGCAGAAGUAGGGAAUUAUCAUCAUCAUCAUCUUCAACAACAACAAGAACAACAUCAGAUUACUGCAAAUUCAGCAUUUCAUAUCAGUAGGCCUUCACAUCCUAUUUCUUCCAUCAUCUCUCCACCUCCUCCUCCACAUCACACCUCCAUCAUCCUUGAUGAUGUCACCAGAUUAAUGCUCCAAAACGAUCAUUUCCAGCAACAACAUCAUAAACCGGAAGGAAGGUCUGCGUCUGGCUUGGAGGAACUCAUUAUGGGAUGCACUUCAACUAAUUCUAAAGAGGAGUCAUCUAUUUCACAUUAUCAACAAGAAGCAGAAUGGUUGAAGUACUCUUCAUGUUCAUACUGGCCUGAUUCUGAUAAUCCAGGUCAUCCUCAUCAUCAUGGUUAGAAAUCAAGAGGGAAAGAAAAUAAUAGAAAAAUAAACAAAUAGAGACAACAUUAUGAUCAUCAUCAAUACUUGAUGAAGCCUAGCUUGCACAAGGGUUUUUUUUUUUCAUUUUAAAAAAUCUAGCUAAAGGCCAAGAAAUUAUACUGUUUUUUUUGUUUUGGUUCUUUAAUUUUCUCAUUGGGUGUCUCUCAACGGAACAAGUUGGGCAGAAAGAGAGAAAGAACAAAUUAAAGUUUAAAGAAUGAAAAUCAAAGAAAAGAA